GUUGUGUUGGAUUAUCCAUCAGAAUUUCUUACAGAGAUAAAAGGCAGCAGCUAUAUUAAUGGUUUGAGAUCAUUAACAUUUGUGACCAACAAAGGUUCCUAUGGACCAUAUGGGAGUAAUAGGAUUGCUGAUUCAAAAUUUCAUCAGUUGAAAGAGUUCACAAUUCAAAUAGGAGAUGAUCGUUCUUUUGGUGGAUUUUAUGGCACCAAAACAGAUAGGUAUAUUGAGAGUAUUGGAAUCUAUAUAAAGCUUACUACAUCCUCCAUGAUGCAGACAAGGUCCAAAAGACGAGGAUCUAUUAAUUGA